ACAUGAUGCGCCAUCGACGAUACCACCGCAACCACCUCUCACCUUGUAACCACAAUAGUACUCCUGGUUGAUGAGAUAGCCUAAGAUACAUUGAAUCAACCUUUCAUCUUACGCACCACCGACUGCCGAUUGCCAAAGUCGCCAAACACCCGCCGUGCCAAACCCCUCGUGUUCGCGAUGCCGCUCAACAACAUCAGCAACAUCCUCCUCGUCCUCUCCGGAAAAGGCGGAGUCGGUAAAUCCAGCAUAACCACGCAACUAGCGCUCACAUUAUCGCUACAAGGACACUCAGUCGGUGUGUUGGACAUUGAUUUGACAGGGCCGAGUAUACCCAGGUUCUUUGGCAUUGAGGAUGCGAAAGUGACACAAGCGCCUGGUGGAUGGAACCCUGUAGACGUACAUGGAGAGCAGAUGUUGGGUCCGCAGAAGAGGUCAGAUUUAAACAAAGGAAAUACAGAGAGCGGCUCAGAGGGUCAAAAGGUUGGCGCAUUAUCGUGCAUGUCUCUAGGCUUCAUUCUCCCCUCGCGCUCUGAUGCAGUCAUCUGGCGUGGCCCCAAGAAGACUGCCAUGGUCCGCCAGUUCCUCACCGAUGUUCUCUGGCCAGAGCUCGACUAUCUCCUAAUCGACACCCCGCCCGGUACUUCGGACGAACAUAUUUCCCUCCUCGAGACCCUGUUGAAGAACACUACGCCUUUGCCCGCGCCCCAAUCCGGCCUUCCUUUCUUGGCCGGCGCCGUCGUCGUCACAACACCGCAAGCCAUCAGUGUAAGCGAUGUGAAGAAGGAAUUGAACUUUUGCAAGAAGACAGGCAUAAGAGUCUUGGGAGUCAUAGAAAAUAUGGCUGGCUUCGUGUGCCCAAACUGCGCGGAAUGCACAAAUGUGUUUAGCAAAGGAGGAGGCGAAGUCAUGGCACGGGAGUUUGAGGUCCCGUUUCUGGGCAGUGUGCCUAUUGACCCGGCAUUUGUCGAACUAAUAGAAAGUGGUACAAGACCUAUAUAUCCAAAGGGUACCAUUUUGGGUGGCAAGGAUAUGGGGACCAAAGAAGAGGAUUCGAUGGACGCGGAAGAGAGGAAGAAGGCCAGUCUCGUGGAAAAAUAUAGGGACUGCUCACUUGCGCCGUUAUUUGAUGCGUUUGUCGAGAGACUGAAGGGAGAUGUUGCAAGAAUACGAUGAUCAAUUUUUGGAGCCUUCGGAUGCAUCAAAAAAUCCCGAGAGAUGCAACACUUAUGUAGGUAUCCAUCAACACUAGAUUUGAUUUGUUGAUGA